AGACAACGCCGCCGACGGCGACACGAUUUUCUGCGACACGGGGCCUUCAACGCUUUCGCAUUAGAAGAUGCUUCGAUUUCUGAAGACUGCUGGAUGCUCCCAUGGCUGACGAUGAGGAUCACGGGGGCCAACAUAACGCCAAAGCCGAGAAAGGCCGGUGGGGCUGGCUGCGCCGCUUCGCUCGCUCAAAGACGUCCGAGAAGCAGGAGAAAGCCGCGCCGCCCAACUUGACGGAGGACAGGCCAGCCUUGGAGCAUCCACCCCAGCCUGCGGAGAUUCCGGCGAUCGAGAUGGCGGCGCCCCCUCCACCUACGAACGAAGGCGACCGUCACUCGCUCAAUGGGGGCCAGGAUCUGCCCGCCGUGGAUCAACUGCUCUCCGGACAGGAACGCGACAACAAAUCGUUGGCCGCUUCGACGCCCACCGAGCACCCUGCUGCAGCAGCUGCACCUCCUGCGUCCGACGAGAAGGCCACGACGCCGAAAAACGAGGGCAACUCGCCACGCUCUUCGAAAAGCGACAAGGGCGCACAAGGCUCCGUAAAAGGCAGCAAGGGAACACAGCCGUCAAAUAAAAGCUCGACUGGCAAGGAGGAUCCGGCGGUUGCCGAGCAGAGUAAAGCCCUGGUGCCGGCAGCUCUCGACGAGGCGUUCUACGCUCAGAUGCCCGAGCCGGCGCCGCCUUCGGCAUCAUCGCCACCCAGCAAGCCCAAUCAGCGCAAGCUGCUCGUCAUCGGAGUGGCAGUGCUCGUGGGCAUCGUCGGGCUGCUGGUCAUCAUGAUGCUCCUCGGAGGCUCCAAGACACAGACGGGCGGCGUCACCACGGUGAGCUGCGAGUCUGAACACUGCAAGCACGUCGCCAAGCUGCUGCUCGACAGCGUCUCGCCGGACGUGGAUCCCUGCGACAACUUCUACCAGCGCGUCUGCGGAGGGUGGAAGUACGGGGGGAGCCAGGGCGACGUGCUGUUCGAAAAGCUUAUCGAUGACGUCACCGAUCUAAUACGGACGAUGGAGGUGCCUCCCACAGGACAGUCACCGGUACAGAAGGCCGCGCUGGCCUACCAGACGUGCGAAGACAUCGUCGCUAAGAACAACACCAACCUCACCACCCUCGUACAGAUCCUUGAGGAAGCCGGACUCUACGCUCCACCCGGUUGGACGGGGCCCGUCAACGCUCUGAACGCGACGUUCCUCCUGCACUUCAGGUGGAGCAUCGCCGCUCCAAUAAAGUUCACGUACGUCCGCCCCGCGCACCGAGGACUCACCCUGCGGAUGGCACCCAGCGAGUCACUGAAGGCGUAUGCUCGCAGGAGGCAGGAACCUGGCUUCUACGAUGGACUCAGAAACGAUUACGAGGUGUUUCACACUACGUUCGAGCCCAACAUGCUUCCCAACGUGACGUACGACCACUGGAAGAAGAUCGACCAGAACGUCGUUACGGAUUCGAUGAAAAUUUUGAACACGCUGGACUCGACGAACGACUUUGCCGGUUGGAACGAGACUACCAUUCAGGACGCGAUUCAAGGCGUUUCACAACAACAGUGGACGAGCAUUCUCAACACGUACUUUAACAGCAGUAAUUCCCUUAGGCUUUACGUGGACUCUCUCUUCCUGUUUAAGAAAUUCAUGCAACUUCCGAAUCAAUUUGGUGCAAUGGAAUCGCAAGCCUAUUUUAGGUGGUACAUGGUAGAAAUCCUGGCGAGGAGAGUGUACGCGCCCUGGAUAAUCAGGGAGUUCCCAACGUACCAGGACGCGGUGAAGUACCAGUACCGCUUCUGCUACGCCAUAUUAGAGCAGACGGCCAGCUACGCGUUCUUAGCGCCGUACGUCUCGAAGAUGUUCACCGCGGACGUCAAGUCCGACAUAAAACAGCUAUUGCAAAUGGUGCGCGAAUCUUACAACCAGUUGUUCGCCAAGGGCGACCAGCUCCACUCCAACGUCAAGAGGCUACACAGCUACGCUAACGAUACGGGCCACGUUUUCGACCUCCUGUCACUCUCACAGGAAAGCUCACUCCAAGAGAACUACGCUACAUACGAGGACAUGACGUCGGAUCCGCUGCUGAACUGGAAGCGACUCAUGGUCCGGCCGGAGCACUUCCCUCUGGAGUCACGUGUCAACGGGAACGGCCGGCGUUCAUCCAUCGGACCUGCUAUAUUACCGAAUCAAUGGCGUGUCCAACGACAUCAUCCUUCGGCCAGACGUGGGCGUCUUGCCGGCCUACGAUAGCGGCGCGCCCCUACUGCUCAAGCUCGCCAGCCUGGGUUCACUCAUGGCGUCUGCCAUGGCCAAGGUGCUGUGCGUGACUCUGGAAAACACGACGCGAUGGCGCGCGGCCGCUGACUGCAUUUUCAGCCUGCAGGAGCCCAGUAAUGACACGCAGUCAGGCGGAAAGAUGAUCAUUCUUCAGCGCGUUAUUGCCCUGGCGGUCACCGUCUCUGCGGCCAUGACAGGGACCAAAGGCGACGACAAACCAUUGACCAUCCCUGGCGUGCCCGACCUAUCCGGCAUGCAGCUCCUGUACGCUGUUUGGUGCUAUCAACAGUGUGGUGAGAGAGACGGCGCGCGCUUAUGCAAUGAACCUCUCAAGGAAAUCGGUGUGUUUGCGGAUGCGUUUCAGUGCGACGCUAACGCGAUGAUGAGAAGAGCGAAUACGUGCACUGCGAAGUGGUUUAACACGCAAUUGCAAGCUACCACUGUGCCGGAUGACAGCGAGCAGUCGGAAGGCGUCACGCAGUUGGGCGAGACAACGCAGUCACGAGAAACUUCGCCGUAGCGAUAUAGCUUAUCUUUAGUUUUUGCACAAUAAAGCAGAACCGAUUGUGUUUUGAUUUG